AUGUCUACUAUUCCCUCAGAAAUCAUCAAUUGGACCAUCUUAAAUGAAAUCAUAUCAAUGGAUGACGAUGAUUCUGAUUUUUCCAAAGGUUUAAUUAUCCAAUUUAUCGACCAGGCACAAACAACUUUUGCUCAGAUGCAACGACAGCUGGACGGUGAAAAAAAUCUUACCGAACUAGACAAUCUGGGACAUUUCUUAAAGGGUUCUUCCGCUGCGUUGGGCCUACAAAGAAUUGCCUGGGUUUGCGAGAGAAUUCAAAACUUGGGGAGAAAGAUGGAACAUUUCUUCCCUAACAAGACCGAAUUGGUUAAUACUCUAAGCGAUAAAUCGAUUAUUAACGGAAUCAAUAUUGAUGCAGAUGAUGAAGAAAUAAAGAUACAAGUGGACGAUAAAGACGAGGAUUCCAUAUAUCUGAUCUUGAUAGCUAAAGCUUUGAACCAGUCUAGGUUAGAGUUCAAACUGGCGAGAAUUGAGUUAUCUAAAUACUACAACACAAAGCUAUAA